AUGAGUAUAGAUGAGGAUAUCAAGGAAGGGCGUUAUUUUCCACGCCAGCAAGAGCAAGAGAUAUUGAUAUCUUCCAUUGAGAAGUACUUUAGUUACCCUGAAAGGUCAGAACAACGCACUCAAAUCGUUCAAAACAUCACUCAUGAGCUUCAGAAGAUCAGCAAUCGAUGGAAUAACAGAUCCGUUAGGUUAUGGUUUAACAAUAACAAGAAAACAUUCCUUAAACCAGAGCCUACAGUUACAUUUGCACCUCCUAUUUCCGAAACGUCACCUAUGCUCAGUGUAGCGCCAAUCAGUUCACAGUUUGUGCCUCCCAAGAAGAGAAUAAUACCUCCACGCUCAUCAAGUGUCGCUCAGUUCGCACCAACUUUCCCUCCUCCUUCUCCUCAUCCUUUUUCCUACCAAACUACGCCUCCUAUCUCGACAAUCAUACUCGCACCGAAAGGAACAAUACAAGAGCAGAAGGAUCUUGAAGUAGAUCUCACUGCAAUUCUCGCACAAAGCUUAAAUAAUAAUUUUCUCACAAAUGUUAUGCCAAUUGAGCAAUUACAUCCUAUAAUAGCUCAGCAAUCGAUGCCUGAAGGUUUUGCAACAAAUACAUUUGGCCAUCAACCAUUAAUUCGCGUAUACAAUGAAAAAUCUAUCGAAAACUUUGCAAUGCUCGAAAAUGGAGUUGCCAAUGCAAACGGAAUGCCAGCUAUAGUGUACUUUGAUACAGAAAAUCAACAACAUAUACUGAAAUACAACAAUCAAACGAUAAAUCUCAAUAUUCAUAACUCUAUUACUUCAUUUUAUUACAACAAACUUAAUAACACGUUCUACUUAGCAGCAGGAAAGCAUGUUCAUCGUAUAAAUCAAGAAAAUAAUUUAGAACCAUUAAUUUCAACGACACCACUAUAUCUUUCCUCAUGCAUUACAUCAUAUAAAGACCAAACAAUACUUUGCUCGAGGAGAAAUAUCUCUAUUUACAAUGAUCAAAGCGUAAAUCCGAUAUUUUCUUUAAAUACAAACCUUCCAAGCGUCAAUUCCGCUACAGAAGCUGCAGACAGUCUUUGUAUUGCAUCGAAGAACCACCAUUCCAUUCACGUUCUCGACGUAGCCCAGAAUAAGUUAGUUUCUGUUUUAAUUGACCACGCAGCAUCAGUUACAUGCCUCAACAAGGUCGGAAACAACCUCCUCGUCAGCGGUUCGGCCGAUUCGACCGCCAGAAUCUGGGAUGUAAGGCAGAGACAGCAAUUAUCCCAAAUAAUGAGACACAUUGGCUCAUUAACUUUUGUAAACAACGAUAGCGGUGAAGAUAACGUAAUUCUUACGGGCGGAGAAGAUGGCACUGUAAAAGGAUGGGAUAUCAGAAUGGAUAAGUGCAUUUUCGACGUUCCUUGCGGUACAGGAAUACCUAUAGAUGCUUCCAUCGAACAGAAUUCGAAGGAAUUGGUCGUAAUUACCCAACAAAAGUCUCAAACAACAGCAUCUGGCUUCAAAAACCCUUCUUCAAGCGAUCCACAGAGAAGUGUUGCUAAUCUUGAGCCUAACUUAUGCAUAAGAUUCGCUACAAAACAGUAA